AUGAGUUGGAAUAUAUUAGCCCCUUGUUGGGUUGAAAAAGAAUGGUAUCCAUCUUUAUAUGAUUUAGCAGCCGAUCAUGAAACAAGAAUAAAAACGAUUGCAUCAAAUAUUUCUUCAUAUAACUGGGAUGUCAUUAUGAUUCAAGAAGCUCAAGAAGAUAUGAUUUCUUUAUUUCAAGAAGAAUUGGGUAAUGACUAUUUAGCUGAAUUUGCGCGAAAUAAUCCAAAUCCAUGUUCGGUUGCUAAUGGACUUCUUACAUUGAUUCAUAAAGAUUGGAAAUAUGCUAAAGAAGCUAAGAUUAUCAAUGGAAUUCUUGAUGAUGAACAAGGUGAUGCGAUUCAAAUCGUUCAUAUUCCGUCAAAAAAUAUCCAUUUAGUUAAUCUUCAUCUAGAUUAUAUAGCUCCAUUAUCACAAGCAAAAAUGGUGAAAAAUAAAUGCAACGAACUACUAGGUACGUCAAAUUCUAUGUCAAUUAUGGCUGGAGAUUUGAAUGCAGAUAAAAAUGUUUAUGAACAAUUUGAAUGGUUUGAAUUUAAGAAUGUUUUCAAUGAAUCAAACAUAGAUAAGAUCAUUCCAUCAUAUUAUACUGAUCGGUAUGAUGAAGAAUCGAAUAUAUCUAUUGAUCAUAUUUUUUAUGAUCCAAAUCAAGUUACAAUGAUUGAACAUGGAAAAGCAUGGGAUGUUCAAGAUCAAUCGCUUGAAGAUGCUCUAAAAAUAUUUGGAAGCGAUCACAUUUAUGUUUGGGCCAGUUUCAAUUUUUAUUCAAAAUAA